GAUACACAUGAUCUCCGAUAUACUGUGAUGGGGUACCGUGGAUUCAGUUUUAGCCUAGACACAUAUACUGUGGAUUUUGCCUUUUAAUCCAUCUCGAACAUAUUCUGACCUUUUGGAAAUUGAGCCCACAGCCUCGCCGGCACUGCCUAAGAGAACUAUACCGCAGGUGUCCGAACAUGGAUAGUGCAAGGAGAUGGAUCCUUCCGCUACUGGUGGUCUCUAUGGCUGUUGCCAUUACGACUGGAGCCCCUUUAAUGAAAACUAUAGCGGCAGGAAAACUACCACCAAACCACUUGGUAUCAGUGGAUGUAAACAAGCUACCAUUGACCCAUAAACACCUGGCAGACGCUGCUCCAAUCUCAGCAAAAGGAGUAACGGCAGCGAAGAAAGCAGCAACGAAACCAACAAUAGCAAAUGCGAAGGCGGCCGCAACGAAGGCUGCCGCAUUACCAGCAGCAAAGAAACCUGCACCACCAGCGGCAAAGGGUGCUGCACAGCCAGCAGCAAAGGGUACUAGCACUAUCCAAGCAUCGGCAAAGGGCGGUGUAACGAAAGCUAAUGCAGCAACUGGUAUAAAACCAUCAGCGACAGAUGCUAAGUCUACUGCCAAGAAACCACCUCCAAAGGGUGUUGCGACAUCAGCAGUCAAAGGAACCGUAAAGUCUACGGCAAAGAAACCAUCACCAGUAGCUGUAAAGAAACCACCAGUGGCAAAUGCCAAAAAAACGGUUACAAAUGCGGCCGCACUCUCAGGGGCAAAAGGUGCUGCCAAAACAUCACUGGCAAAGGCGACUGCAAAGAAACCAACAGCAACUGGGAAAAAGCCGGCAGCGGCUACGAAAAACGUAGCAUCUAAGACUGUGGCAAAGAAACCAGCUACAAAUGGUGCUGUAGCAGCAGCGAAAAUGGGUGCUUUAAAGGGUGCUGCACCAGUAGGGGUGAUGGGUCCUUCGAAAACAGCGCCAACAGCUGCGAAGACCCCAGUACGGGAUUGUUGUAAGACUGAUGCGACAAAACCAGUCAUAAAGGGUGCUGCAACAGCGGUGGCAAAGGGUGCUUCAUCAACAGCAGCAAAUAAGAACCUACCAGCAAGAAAUGCAGGUGCUAAGACGGCUCCUAGGAAACCAGCUACAAAGGGCGCUGCACCACCAGUGGCAAAGAUUGCUUCAAACAAAGCAUCCAAGAAGCCAGCACCGGCGACUACGAAGACACAAGGAGCGGCAGGUGCUGCUGGACUGCAAGGAUCAAAGGGUGCACCACCACCAAACAAGGGUGCUGCAACAACUAAAGCACAAGCAAAAGGUGCUGCUCCAGUAGCAGCAAAGGUUGCUGCAACAACCGCGGCAAAAGUUGGAGCAAAGACACCAUCAGCAGUUGCCAUAUCUCCAGCUGCAGGAGGUGCAAAGAGUGCUGUGACAAAAACAACUACAAAUGCAUCAGUUGUAGCGAAGAGUGUUGCAAAACCAGCGGCAAAAGGUGCUGCAAAGGGACCAGCAAAGGUGGCUGCAAAGACACCUGCAGCAGUUGCAAAAAAAGCGGCAGCAGUCGCCAAAAAGACUGCAGCAGGAAACGCACAGACUGCUACGAGGCCAGCUACAAAAGGUGCGCCGCAAACAGCGGCAAAGGGUACUGCUUCAGCAGCAACAGCAGCAAAGAAGAAACCAGUUGCAGUAGCAGCAGCAACAGGUGCAGCAAAGAAACCACUUGUAGCCGCAAUAGGACCGAAGAAAAAGCCAGUUGCAGCAGUAGCAGCUGUGAAAGGUCCAAUGAAGAAACCAGCUGUAGCAAAGGGUGCUGCUGGACAAGUCAGAAAGGAUGCUGCUAAACCGGAUAAACUACUGGAGUUCGUCAUCGACGGGCAGGUCGUUAAGCUGUCUGGGCAACACAUCAGUCCGCUGAAAGGCAAGUGUUGGAAAGGAACGAAGAAGGAAAGCAAUAAUGGCAUGUGUAAAAUUUCACAUGAUAACAUCCAUCUCCUUCAAAAAGAGUUGAAAACCAAAGGAAUUACGCUGGAUGUUGAAACGACAGUACAGAGGGUUUAGUUGGAUGUCGUUUCCUCCUCUUUUGAGGACAAUGUGAAAAACCAGGACUUGUGUCCUUGUCGUCUGAUAGCUCUUCUCUUGGACUGUGCGCACCUGAGGACAUCACCGAGCUUUGUCAUCCCCAGCGAAAUGGUGUGCCUUUUGCCUUUCCAGACCUACCAGACGUCGAAGUGUUGCACGAAUGCCUGAAUGAUAUUCUGGCUGCCGGUCUCGCACUAUAUUGGACAAUAACAACUGCCAGCAGUGAAAUUUGUAGUUCGACCCAAAAGUAGAUAACCGUGUUUGUAUCAUUCCAAGCUCAUAUGAUAUAAAAUCGA